AUGUAUCUUGAAACAUUUCAUGCGAAAACUAAUGUUAACCAUGAAUCUCAGGGCUGUUUGGGUUAUCAGGGUCACAUUCAGGUUGUAAUUAUGCAAAAUCGCGUAACUUCAUCCUCUCCAUCUAUAUAUCUUUUGCAGAGCUGCAUUGCUAAGAAGGCCUUGGCAGAUGGCAAACUCAUUCGCAUUUGUAAGAUGGGAAGCCAUACACCCUUAAUCGUUCAAAACACGCUUGUCAACAUGUAUGUCAAGUUUGGAACUCUGGCGGAAGCUCGCAGAGCUUUCGACCGUAUGACUGGUCGGGAUGUGCGUUCGUGGACUGUGAUUAUUUCAGCUUAUGCAAGACAGGAAGUAUUAAAGGAGGCAUUGAUGCUGUUUCAGAGAUUGCAAGGAACUGGUGUGCAGCCCAAUCACUUCACCUUUGCCAGUGUUCUUCCAGGAUGCGAAUCCCUCAUACAGGUUAUGGAGAUCCACCAGAAAGUCGUUAUAAAUGGGUUUCUUUUUUAUAUUGUUGUUGUGAAUGUUCGCAUUGAAACGUAUGCAAAAUGUGGGAGUGUAUGGAAUGCCAGCGAAUUGUUUGACAAAAUGCCACUACGAGAUGUCGUCUCCUUGACAGCUAUGGUUGCAGGGGAUUCACAUAAUGGUCUUGUUGAUAUGGCCCUCCAGAUUUUUAAACAAAUACCUUGGCAAAACAUGGUUGCUUGGAAUGCUAUGAUUGCGGGGUUUUCGCAGAAUGGUUUUUGUGAAGAAGCCUUGAACCUUUUUCACCAAAUGCAAUUGGCAGGUGUGAGCUCCGGCUGCAAAACCUUUGCUAGUAUUCUGCCUGCGUGCGCUAACUUGGUGGCUUUGGAAAGGGGUAUGGAAAUCCAUGGGAAGAUAGUUACCCGUGGGUUUGAGUCUAAUGUUCUUCUAAUGAAUGCCCUUAUAGACAUAUAUGCAAAAUGUGGCAUUAUGUUUCAGGCCUGUAAACUGUUUGAGAGAAGUCCUCAUCUGGAUGUGGUGUGA